CGAAAACCAUCACCACCUCAGGCCCCUUCUUUCCCUUCCCCCUUCAAGCGCUGCGCGCGUACAGUAUUUCUCUCCCCAUCUUUUCCUCCCCCGACUUCAACCUCUCGUCGUAGCUUCUUUAGCUUCAUCCAGACAAAAUGAAGGGCGAGAUUCUUCACCUCCACCUGGGCCAGGCUGGUACCCAGCUCGGUAACUCUGCUUGGGAGCUCUACCUUCUCGAGCACGGUCUCGGCCCCGAUGGUCGCCCCGACCCCAAUGCUCCCGAUAUUGGUGACCCUGGUUCUUUCGAGACUUUCUUCACUGAGACCAGCAGCGGCAAGCAUGUUCCUCGAUCUCUCUUCGUCGAUCUUGACCCCUCUCCUAUUGACGAGAUCCGAACUGGCGAAUACCGUAAUCUUUUCCACCCCGAGUUGUUGAUUAGUGGCAAGGAGGAUGCCGCCAACAACUAUGCUCGUGGUCACUACACCAUUGGCAAGGAGAUGGUUGACAAUGUCAUUGACCGCAUUCGUCGCGUCGCCGACAACUGCCAGUCUCUUCAGGGUUUCCUGAUCUUCCACUCCUUCGGCGGUGGUACCGGUUCUGGUUUCGGUGCUCUUCUCCUCGAGCGUCUCUCUACCGAGUACGGCAAGAAGUCCAAGCUCGAGUUCGCCGUCUACCCUGCUCCCCGAACCUCGACUGCCGUCGUUGAGCCUUACAACGCUGUUCUCUCUACUCACAGCACUAUUGAGAACUCUGACUGUACUUUCCUCGUCGAUAACGAGGCUGUUUACGACAUCUGCCGUCGCAACCUCGAUAUUCCUCGACCCUCGUACGAGCACCUGAACCGCCUCAUUGCCCAGGUUGUCAGCUCCAUCACCUCCUCUCUCCGAUUUGACGGUGCCCUCAACGUCGAUCUCAACGAGUUCCAGACCAACUUGGUUCCCUACCCUCGAAUUCACUACCCUCUCAUCAGCUACGCCCCUGUCAUCUCCUCUGCCAAGAGUGAGCACGAGAGCUUCAAGGUCCAGGAGCUUACCUUCCAGUGCUUCGAGCCCAACAACCAGAUGGUUGUCUGCGAUCCCCGAAACGGCAAGUACAUGGCUGUCGCUCUUCUGUACCGCGGUGAUGUCGUUCCCCGCGACUGUAACGCCGCUAUCGCUGCCCUCAAGGCCAAGGCCUCAUUCAACUUGGUUGAGUGGUGCCCCACUGGUUUCAAGCUCGGCAUCAACUACCAGAAGCCCAUGGCUGUCCCCGCUGCCCCUGAGGCUGGAGGUCUUGCCCCCGUCAAGCGAUCCGUCUCUAUGCUUUCCAACACCACCGCCAUCGCUGAGGCUUGGUCCCGACUCGACUACAAGUUCGACCUCAUGCACAGCAAGCGUGCUUUCGUCCACUGGUACGUUGGUGAGGGUAUGGAGGAAGGCGAGUUCACCGAGGCCCGAGAGGAUCUCGCUGCUCUGGAGAAGGAUUACGAGGAGGUUGCUGCCGACUCCUUCGAGCCUGAGGAGGAGCUCGAGUACUAGACGAUCGCACAAGGCGAGUUCAUGUAAUCUCUUUCGACUUCUUUGACGACAUGUUUUAAGCGAUGGCUCGGACAGGGCUCAUGCCCGCGAAGCAAUGUACAGAAAAGAGUUGUGGAGGAAGUUGUUUAAGAUUCCCGAGAUUUUUGAGGUGGCACACAUAUGGGGGUAAAGAUGUGUUGGUCACCAAGCGCCAGAGUUUGGCUCAGGGUACCCCGUUAGUACAUGGUCUUGAAAUGUUGGUGCUAGGUCCUUAUAGACGAGACUAUCCCUCGACGCAAGCUUGGUGCCUUUAUUAGCAGGCACGUAAAAUUGAUGAUAUAUCCAUUUUCAUUAAAA